UCUCUCUCUCUCUCUCUCUCUUACACACACACACAUCACCUUUAAAUUGCAAAACCAUGCCUCCCAAAUCACACCAACUCACCAAAAUUUUACACCUUCCUAAGUCUCUCUUGCCCCGCCACUUACUUACAUCUCUUGCUCUCUUACCCAUUAUUUAAAGCAUGUAUAGGAUUUCUGCUUCCUCCCACACAAACCUCCAAUCAAAUUAGAAAUAUAACUAAACCCUAAAUUAGUCAGUGGCUUCCUUUUGUUUUCCAAUGUUGUUAAUGUUGUUAAUGUUGUUAUUGGUUAGUUCCAUUUUGGUUUGCUAUGCUGGAAACUUGAACGGAGAUUUCGACAUUACAUGGGGAGAUGGCCGUGGAAAAAUACUCAACAACGGUCAGCUCCUAACCUUGUCACUCGACAGAGCCUCUGGCUCGGGCUUCCAAUCCAAGCACGAGUAUCUGUUUGGAAAAAUUGACAUGCAGAUCAAGCUUGUCCCUGGAAACUCUGCUGGCACUGUCACUACCUACUAUCUAUCAUCAAAAAGGUCAACAUGGGAUGAGAUCGAUUUGGAGUUCUUGGGGAAUCUGAGUGGUGAUCCUUACAUUCUUCACACCAAUAUAUAUACCCAAGGCAAAGGCGAUAGAGAGCAACAAUUCUACCUAUGGUUCGACCCCUCCUCUAAUUUUCAUACCUACUCUAUCCUCUGGAAUCCCCAGCGCAUCAUAUUAUCUGUUGAUGGCACACCCAUCAGAGAGUUCAAGAACCUAGAGGCAUCCAUUGGAGUUCCUUUCCCAAAGAGCCAACCAAUGAGGAUUUUCUCUAGCCUCUGGAAUGCUGAUGACUGGGCAACAAGAGGAGGGCUGGUCAAGACAGAUUGGUCACAAGCUCCAUUCACAGCCUCCUAUCGAAACUUCAACGCCGAUGCUUGUGUAUGGUCUUCUGGUGCAUCUUCUUGUAGCUCAUCAUCAUCUUCAACAUCAAGACCUACCAGUAAAUCGUGGCUCACAGAAGUUCUUGAUACCUCAAAGCAAGAGAGGCUCAAGUGGGUCCAAAAGAAUUACAUGAUCUAUAACUAUUGUACAGAUAUAAAGCGCUUCCCACAAGGCUUUCCUCCUGAAUGUAGAAUAAAACUCUAGAUGGAUGUAAUAAAAUAAGAGUUAUUUAAAUUAACACCUCUGUUUCACAUUGCUUUCAUAAAAACCCAUUCCAUUAAUUUUCCACUAAAA